AUGACUACUAAGACUGUGCCCACGCUCACUCUCGAGGGCGCGCGCAUCGCGCUGGCCGCCGCCGAACAACGCGCCAAAGAGAUCAACGUACCCAUGAACAUCGCCAUCGUCGACCACGCUACCCAUCUCCUUAACUUCGCCCGUAUGGAAGGUGCGAAAUUUACAUCGAUAAACAUCGCAAUCGAUAAGGCUUUCACCGCCGCAGGUCACAAGGCCCCUACGUCAGUCUACAAGGAGAAUGUUUGGCCUGGCGGUCCGGCAUACGGCAUCAACCAUACAAAUGGGGGCCGAUUCAAUACCAUUGGUGGCGGCCUGCCCAUUGUGUUGGACGGAGUCGUAGUGGGCGCAAUUGGAUGUAGCACAGGUACACCGGCACAGGACGAGGAUGUGAGCACGGCAGGGAAGAAGGCUGUGGAGAAGAGCUUUGGACUGAAGGCGAAGCUCUGA